AUGAUGUCUGUGUUUCUGAUGGGUGUAUACGAUAAAGAGACAAAAUCUUAUCGCACUGUUACAAAAUGCGGCAAUGGACAUACAGAUGAUGUCCUUGAUGCUAUAAAUAAGAAGAUGAAAAACCAGAUGACAAGGAUUGAUCGAGAUUUUGAUCGGCUGCCAAAAUGGUUGCGAUGCUCGCGCAGCGCUGAAUUUUCAAAAUCUGAAAAUCACACAGCUGGAGGCAUAUCCAUCCGCUUCCCACGUGUGACUCGAAUCAGGGACGACAAAGACUGGGAAUCUGCUACAAGUCUGGCUGAACUGAAGAAGCUCUUUGAAACUUCAAAAACAAAAAGCGACUUGGAUCGUACUGAAGAAGAUGAAACUCCACUAUAUGUCAAGGAGGGCAUGGAUCAUGGAAACAUAGAAGAAAUUGCUGAAGAAGAAGCUGCAGCAGUUAAUACAAGCACUGAAAGUUCGAGCACUAAUACUAGUGCGAAUGGAAGAAAACGAAGUGCUGAAGAUGAAGUGGAAGUCAAGGAUGUGAAGAAGGCAAAGAAAGCAGUAGAUGAAGUCGUUGAAAAGGAGGAAAAGGGUGCGAAGAAAACAAGGAAGACAAAAAAGGAAGCCAAAGAAGAGGAAGAAGAAGAGUAUGAGGAAGAAGUAGUAGGAGGAAAAGAAGAAGAGGAGAAGGAUGAGGAGGAGGAAGAAGAAGAGAAAUGUCCUCCUGGGAUGAAAGCUUGCAAAUAUGGAGCUGAUUGCUAUCGGAGGAACAAGGAGCACAAAAAGGAAUUUUGGCAUCCGAAGAAGAAAUGA